AAGACGGAAGCAUCAUUUCGAAUGAAAGCUCGGAUCCCUCACACGCGUUCCAUGUUGCCCCGCGUGUGGAAUUAGCAACUGCUUCCUCUUGUAUACCUUAUCCGAAAAAACCAAAAGAGCGAGCUCUCAAGGUAGAAGGGAUGGCGCUUCUUUUAUCUGGCAUUCCUUCAACCUUCUCCCGCAGACAGAAGCAGCAGCUUUUCACUCUCCCAAAACGUCCACAAAUCAAACUUCCUCUCUCCAUCUCUACAAUCUCUCAUAUUCCGAAAAUACCCUUACUCUUCCACAUCGCCGCAGCAACCCAACAACAACACUCCUCUCCUUCUUCCACUUCGACCGUCGAAAACCCAACAUCCGAAUCCCAGCUACAGCAGCAGCAGCAGCAGCAAGGGCAAGAACAAGAAUCCAAUCCCAAUCGAACGAGAUUGAUCGCGCAGAACGUGCCUUGGACCAGCACUUCCGAUGACAUCCGCGCUCUCUUCGAGAAAUACGGAACCGUAGUCGAUGUCGAACUCUCAAUGUACAAUAAAACUAAGAACAGAGGAUUGGCAUUUGUAGAAAUGGCGUCGGAGGAGGAAGCGCUUGCUGCAAUUAGUAAUCUCGAUUCAUAUGAAUUUGAGGGCCGAGUCAUAAAGGUCGAAUUCGCCAGGACAGUGAAGAAGAAACCUUCUUCUGUGAUGAUUGAUCCCGUUAAGAAGUUUAAUGUGUUUGUUGGGAAUUUGGCUUGGAGGGUAAGAUCUAGUGAUCUCAGAGAAUUCUUUGGUGCCGAGAAUGGUAGUGCUGUGGCAGCUGAAGUCGUCUUUCAGAGCAAUCCAAGAAGGUCCGCGGGAUAUGGGUUUGUAUCUUUUCGUUCGAAGGAGGAGGCAGAUGCAGCCAUCGCUGCCUUUAACGGGAAGGCGUUGAUGGGUAGGACAGUUCGUUUGGGCCUUACUAAAAAUGAUGUUAGUGGUAAUGAAGGGGAUUCAAAAGGUGGAGAAACUGUUGAAGCGAAUUAUGACGAAGGGCUAUCAAACCAAGCCGAUGAUGAAGACGAAGAGGCAACUAAAGAGGCUGAGUGAGAUUUUCUCAUUUUCCAGUUGCAUCAUUGUCACAAGACAUGCUGCCUAAGGAGCAUUGAUUGUCUUCAUUCGGGUAUCUCUUUCUUGCGCUGUUGAAGAAGAAUGACUGCAUGUUUACUCAUCUCCUACAUUCGGUUGCAUAAAUCAGCCUGGAUAAGAUCCUUUGGAACAUCAUAUAUUCUGCACUUCGGUACAGUUUCGAAGAUUUUUUAUUUUUAUUUUUAAUUGCUGCUACCUUGUAACUCAGUCCGAUUUUUGGUUGGUUGGGUUGUAUAGUUCCAUGUAUGAGUGUCUACUUAGAUUAGAUUUCUAUUCAUUUGUGUGUAUUUUGGUUGA